AUGACUCUCACCGAUCCGUUUCCUGAAACACAUGCGUUGAUCGCACUACUGCCAGAGACGAGUCACAGCCUAGAGAUGCCUCUACUGUACCUGUCGACCCGCCAGACAGAGUGGCCCAUCUACCAGUCUCUACAUCGCAACAUCUACCCAAUAUGCUUUCUCUUCGUCUUUCUUCUUCGCUACACCCGCGUUCUUGUUAGUCUAUACGGCACCUAUAGAUACCGACCUACACCUAUACCGCUCAACCCCACAUACCACAUCAACGAUGUCACAGUCAUCAUACCCACCACAGACCUCAUGUCCGUAACACUGCAUCACGUCGUCCGGUCCAUACUCAACCAACGUGUACCAAAGCUCAUCAUCGCAACCGCCGGCACACAAGCCGCAGAACAGUUUCGCUCUUUCCGAGCUCUAUUCCCAGAGAGCAAGGUCGUGGUGGCCCAUCGCGUCAAGGCCUCCCGCCGGGAACAAACAGCACAGGCACUCAAGCAAGUCGAAACGCGCCUCGUCAUUCUCCAGGACGAUCACACAUACUGGCCCCAAUCCCCGCGCUUCAUCGCUUCCGUGAUCGCACCUUUCGAAGACACCAAAGUCGGAGCUGUGAGCGCUGACCUGCAAGCUCGGCACCGCGGACACCCCUUCUCCUGGCCCGGAUUCUGGAACUUCAUGGGCAUGACCUACCUGAUGCGCCGUUCCUACGAGUACCGCGGCACCUACGGCAUCGACCGCGGCUUGUCCACAUUACCAGGCCGUUUCGGCGUCUUCCGCACCGAAAUCUACUCCUCGCCCGAGUUCCUCAACGGAUACCUAAACUCGUACAUGCCGUUCAAAACCGAGCCUCUAAACUCCGACGACGACAAAUUCCACACCCGCUGGCUGAUUGAACAUGACUGGAAAAUGGGUCUGCAAGCUGGUCCCGAUAGCGUCAUGACGACGGAACUGGGCGAGUGGCCCAAGUUCAUGAGUCAAGUACUCCGCUGGACGCGAACGACUUGGCGCAAUAACCCCGCGCAGUUGAUGGGUAGGCUGACGUGGGUGCGUCAUCCCUUUAUGAGCUGGAGUCUGCUCAUGUGGUUCUUCCGUCAGUCUCUCACGCAGGAGAUGUUUCCCUGA